AUGACUCGUGUGCGCUUGCUAGACACGCUCGAAGGACAUCAGGACCGAGCCUGGCACGUCGCAUGGAACCCCGCCCAGCCGACUCUGGCUUCCUGCUCGACCGACAAAUCUGUCCGGCUAUACUCCUACGCGCCCGCACCUGCCACAUCCGCCGAGGCAGACUCCUCGACAGCCGGUCCUUCGUCAUAUCGCUUCGCCCUCAAGUCGACUAUCCCGACAUCCCACUCUCGCACGGUCCGAUCCCUCUCCUUCUCUCCAACCGGCGCAACCCUGGCAACCGCCUCAUUCGACUCGACAGUCGGCAUCUGGUGCCAGGUUUCCGAGGCAGGACUUGACGAUGGCGAAGGUGCGAAGGGAGACGAGUGGGAGGCGGUUGAUCCGCUCGAAGGGCACGAGAACGAGUGCAAGAGCGUCGCGUGGAGCUCGGACGGACGGCUACUGGCGAGUUGUAGCAGGGAUAAGAGCGUCUGGGUUUGGGAAGCCGUCGGACCAGCAGAUUUUGAGUGCUUGGCCGUCUUGAUGGAGCACUCGCAGGACGUCAAAUGCGUGACAUGGCAUCCAACCGACGAGCUCCUCGCCUCCGCUUCCUACGAUGACACGAUCAAGCUCUACGGCGCCGACCCCUACGAUGACGAGUGGACCUGCAUCCACACGCUCACCUCGCACACUGCAACCGUCUGGACGCUCUCCUUCUCCCCUUGCGGUCGCUACCUCGCUUCGGCAGGCGACGACCUCGUUAUCAAGCUCUGGGAACGCGUCUCGCUCCUCGAGGACGACGAGAAGCGGAGUGAGGUUCUGGGCGAAGUGGGCGAAGCGAAGCGCGAAGAGGGCGGACGGAUGGGUCCCUGGAGUUCUGGAGGCGUGAGGAUCGGGAUGAAGGAGCGCUGGAAGUGGGUCGAGAGAGGGCAGAUUGAGGGCGCGCAUGAGAGGACGGUUUAUGCGGUUGAUUGGGCGAGGGGAGGGGUGAGCGAGGAGGAGGGAGGGUUGGGGAGGAUCAUCACGGCGGGAGGGGACGGGCGUAUCAAUGUCUUUCAGAUGACCAAGCCCACCUCACCCGACGCACCACCUACGCACACCCUCCUCGAGACGAUCGAAGACGCCCACGGCGUCUCAGACGUCAACCACGUCGCGUGGUGCCACAUCUCUCCCUCGUCGGCGGCAGCAAAACUGCGUGCUCUCGAAGGAGGCGAGGCGGAUCCUGCGGAUGACGGAGAGGACGAGUCGGGAGUGAAGGAGGAUGCGAGGUGGGAGCGCGCGGGGGAUAUGUUUGCGAGUGCGGGAGACGAUGGGUUGGUCAGGGUUUGGAUCGUAGACUCGGAGGGUGCGAAGGAAUGA